AGCGACCUGCCAGUGAGCUGAGAAGUGGCAGAGUCGGCUCGGCGGGUGGCGAGCGGCCCAUGCCCCAGACGGCUCCGGGCACGCAGGGGCCGGGAGUGGGGGGCUCCUGUGCCCCGGGCUCAGCAGAGGUGAGGCAGGGGGCCGAAGCCCCAGAGCCCCACUUUCUCAUGGCUAGCCCCGAGCCAGAAGCCCCUGAGAAGGAGCGCUCGGGCCGGCACAUGGCCAAGAACUGCUGGAAUGUCUUCUGGGGCUUCUGGGACUACGAGACCCCCAAGGUGAUCGUGGUGAAGAACCGCAACCUGGGCUUCAUCUACCGCACAGUGCAGCUCCUCAUCCUCCUCUAUUUCGUGUGGUACGUAUUUAUCAUUCAGAAAGGCUAUCAGGACAGUGAGACUGGUCCUGAGAGCUCUGUCAUCACCAAAGUCAAGGGCAUCACCAAAUCCCAGAACAAAGUAUGGGACGUAGAAGAGUACGUCAAACCUCCUGAGGGGGGCAGUGUGUUUACCAUCAUUACUCGGGCAGAAAUCACUCCCUUCCAGACCCUGGGAACCUGCCCAGAGAGUAUACGGAUUCGUAAUGCCACCUGCUUAUCUGAUGAUGAUUGCAUGGCUGGAGAGAUGGACAUGCUGGGCAAUGGAGAGAAAACUGGACGCUGUGUUCCCUAUUACUAUGGGACCAAGAAGACAUGUGAGGUGUCAGCCUGGUGCCCUGUGGAGGAUGGAGCAGCAGUCAGUGAGUUCCUGGGGAAGAUGGCCCCCCAAUUCACCAUUCUCAUCAAGAACAGCAUACAUUACCCCAAAUUCCAAUUUUCCAAGGGGAACAUCAGGGACUAUGACAAUGACUACCUGAAACACUGCACCUUCAAUGCUGACACCGACCUCUACUGUCCCAUAUUUAAGUUGGGCUUCAUUGUGGAACAGGCAGGAGAGAACUUCACAGAACUGGCCCAAAAGGGAGGAGUCAUUGGGGUCAUUAUCAACUGGAACUGUGACCUGGACCUGUCCGAGGCCAAGUGUAAUCCCAAAUAUUCCUUCCGGCGGCUCGACCCUAAGCAUAUCCAGGCUUCCUCUGGCUACAAUUACAGAUUUGCUAAGUACUACAGCCACAAUGGCACAGCCUCCAGGACUCUCAUCAAGGCCUAUGGGAUCCGAAUUGAUGUUAUUGUGCAUGGACAGGCUGGGAAGUUUAGCCUGAUUCCCACCAUCAUUAACCUGGCCACAGCGCUGACUUCCAUUGGAGUGGGCUCUUUCCUCUGCGACUGGAUCUUACUGACCUUCAUGAACAAGAAUAAGGUCUACAGCCACAGAAAGUUUGACAAGGUACAACUUGCCCCCCCUCCUCCCUCCUCUGGGCAGAGCCCCUCAGACAGUUCGACAAGGCAGGGCCAGAUGUUCCACUUCCCCUUGCUACAGAUGGGCAAACUGAGGCACAGGGAAGGACCCCAGGAAAAUGACUUACAGAAGAGGGACCCAGAGCCCUGAUCCCCACCAUGCAGAAAUCUCUGCCCUGGGGAUCAGCCUGUACUCCAUCUCUGCCCCUGGUCCAAGCAGAUGGUGGAUACCCAGGAUCCGAAUAGUGAAGAACAAGGGCCUUCCGGCCCACGGGCUUCUUCACAGGACUCCAUACCCAUGGAACCCAAAGGUUUGGCCCAGCUCUGAAACCCCAGCACCAUCUUCACCUUUACCUCGUGCUGCUUAGAAACUGAGGCCCUGGCCGGGGCCACUGGGCUAUCUGAAGCCGGAAACUCCACUAAAAACUGUCCCAGGGCCCACGCCGCUAGUGCUGAGGGGCAGCUCAGAACAAGGCCUGGGUCUGGGCCCCCAGGGCUGCCCGUCUCCCUGACAAGCUGCGAGUUCAUGGGAGGCCUACCCAAAAGCAAACAGAAACUUGGGCUGCCAAAGGGAGAGUCUUCGCCUGCUCUUCAGUCCUCACCCCCUUAACCUUUCCCUCGGAACCCUACUGUGAACCAGCCCUGCUCAGGAUUCUUAGCAAGAACAAUGUCCCCUUCUCUCCCUGGUAGCUGAGCUCUCAAUCUCUUCCCUCUUCCCCCAUGAGCCUGCUGCUGGAUGGUUUGGUGGCAGAUGCCCCUUCCUCAGACCAGAGCUCAUAUUCCAGGGCUUGUGGAGGGAAGAUUUCCAUCCCAUCCCAUCCUACCCCCUCUCUGACCGCAUCAUCCUGGCAUAUAUGCUCCACGCCUCCCCUAGAGGUCCCCAUGAACCCCCUAAUCCAAAUCCGUUGGCCCUGAGCUCUAAUAAAUUGCAUACAAUCAGA